AUGGACUUUGCGUCACUGAUGUCGGCCCAGAUGGCCAAGAAGAAGAAGCAGCUGGGCAUCCCAGAAGCAGGCACAGACGGCGACAAAUCGGACGCGCCGCCACCGAAAAAGUUUGUGCGCAACAGCGAGCUCGAGGCGCAGCGCAAGGCAGCCUACCUCGAAGCGCAAAAGGCCCGCGAGGCCGAAAAGUCCGCCAAAGCCGCUGCCAAGCGGCAACGAGAAGACGAGGCAGCCGAAGAGGCACGCCUACGGGAAGAGAAGCGGCGGCGGCUGGCGGCCGAGUCGCGGGAACGGCGCGAGAAGCGCGAGGCCGAGGAGGAAGCGGCACGGCGCAAACGACUCGGCCUGCCUGAAUUGCCACCACCGGGCGCAAGAGACGGCGGCAAGGAGGACGAGAAGGAGGACAGCGAGGAUGCCGACGACGAAAAGGACAUGGACGAGGGCGAGCUGCGGGCGGCGCUGAUCAAGCUCGACGCGCCCAUUAUCCUGUUUGGCGAGAACCAUGCACAGCGCCUGCGACGGUAUCGACAGACGGCCGCCGCCGUGGCAGCCGCCCUCACAACGACCGAGGCGGCCAAGCUGCCCGUCCCCACCACGCUCGCGCCCGUCCCCGAAAAGGACAUGAAGGUGCCCGCCGUCGCCGACAUCCCCCGCGACAAAAAGGGCCGCCAGUAUCUGUACCGCCAGCUGGCCAGCUACUUCAACCUUGUCCUGCGCGAGUGGCAGCAAGCGUUGCAGGAAGCAAGCACCAAGAACGACGGCGAGACCGACGCCAGCCGGAGCGCCCGCUCCAUCAUGGAACAGAGCCGCGCAUCCAUCAAACCACUCUUCCGCCGCUUGGAGAACGGUAGCAUCGACGACAAGAUUGUGCCGGCCAUUGUCGAGAUUGUGCAUGCCGCCCAGGAGCGGCGGUACGUCGACGCCAACGACGCGUACCUGCGGCUCAGCAUUGGCAAGGCGGCCUGGCCCAUUGGUGUUAUCAUGGUCGGCAUCCACGAGCGCAGCGCCCGCGAGAAGCUGCACGGCGGCGACAAGGGCAGCGUGAUGACCGACGACGUGACGCGCAAGUACGUGCAGAGCAUCAAGCGCUGCCUGACGUUUGCACAGGUGCGGUGGCCGCCCCACGAUGCGAGCCAGCUGAUGGGUUAG